GACAACAAUCAAUGUACGUAAUCUGUCAGCAACAUCGAGGUUCGUCCACGAUAGAGCAAUUGAUCACGCUGCUGCAAACAGACGGCGACUGGCGAGUUCCGAGUUAACGCACUCUAUAUAUGGAUUUUUACCUCUGCUUUGAUAAAUAGAAAUUCAACGUCAAUCCGUUACAUCAGAGCGCGGGAAGAUCCAUUUAAAUACUCUACGAUGUAAUUAAUAUGCUUCCGACCUAGGUAAUCUGCAAAAGAAAACAGGAAACUUGUUAGACCAACCCAAGCCCGUUGAUUUUCCAUGAUCCUCAGUGCAGUGCAUCGAGAACUCUGCUCUACAACAGAAUUGAUCCAGAGAGAUGGAUAUAUAUGCAAGGGGGAAAGAAGGGAAGAUCUGCGGAUUUGUUGCAUUAAUUGCCUACGAACGGAAAACCACCAUGUUUGCAAUGUGAUUGUUCAACCACCCGGACGACUGGCAACGGUCCAUUUUGGAACUUGAUGAGGGAGAAAUGUAUUCUAUCCAUCAUAAUGCACUCAAAAAAAACACGUAUGUCGAAUCCGACCUGCAUUGACUACGGUUGCAAAGCAAGCUUACUACGUGGGGAAUCUAAACCUGCAAGCGAGAAGAGAAAAAAA